GUCAGGUACACACUUUGCCAUAGAAGUGCACAGGUGGGUCCGUGAGACGAGAAGCGGGACCCUGGACAGAGGACAGGUGUGGACCUCGAUGGAUUCACCCCAGCUCAAAGCUCCAGUAGGAGCCGGAGCUGCAGGUGUCCAGCAGCCGGCGGCCCCACCUCCUGGUGGGUUGAAGUGCCUCGCUGAGGAACCAGAGCCCGAAGAACCGGACCAGGUGGAGGUAAAGAAGUGCACGCCUGGAAACCCUGCGGGAGAAAAGGAUGGGAAGGAGAUGUACACAUGCGGCAGCUCUCUGUCCCCCUCGGAGAGCGAGGACGAGGGUAUCGGCAAGAAAGACAAGGAGAAGGAGAAGAAGGAGAAGAAGCUGAAGAAGAAAACGAAGAAGAAGAAGAAAGUAUCCAGCUCGUCGUCGUCUUCAUCAUCCUCCUCUUCUUCCUCCUCCUCCUCCUCCUCCUCCUCAUCUUCCUCCUCCUCCAGCAGCUCUUCGGAAAGUGACAGCGAGGAUGACAAGAAGAAAAAGAAGAAGAAGAAGAAGAAGAAGAAGAAGAAGGACGAUGAAGGAGAGAAAGACUACGUCUGGAACAGUGUUAUCAUAUCUAGUCCUGGAGGCCAAGUGGAGCAGCAGUGUGCAGAAGAUAUGAAGAUAAGCAAGGAUUUCAACUCGUCUGAUGACGAGGAUGACAAGAAGAAAGAGAAAAAAAAGAAGAAGAAGAAGGACAAGAAGAAGAAAAAGAAGAAGAAGAAGGAUUCGUCCUCUUCCUCAUCUGACAGUUGGUCCUCCGACAGUGAGGAUGAAAAGAAGAAGAAGAAGAAAAAGAAGAAGAAGAAGAAAAAGAAGAAGAAGGACUCCAGCUCCUCUUCCUCAGAUAGCUCUUCAUCCUCCUCUUCUGACAGCGAGGAUGACAAGAAGAAGAAGAAGAAAAAGAAAGACAAGAGAUCUUAUUCGUUCAUCCAGGAUUCCUGCUCCUCAUCUUCUGGCAGCGAUGAAGGCGAGAAGAAGAAGGACAAGAAAAAGGAUGAAGAGCAGAAUGAGCUCUGCAGUGUCCCUGCUAACGGUGAGACUGCAGGGUCGGGUCCCGAGGGAAAUAAGAAGAAAGAUGAAUCAGCUGACAAGGCCAAGAAAGACCUGAAAGAAAAAGCUGAAGGCAAACUGCCCACUGCUGCAGGGGGCGCCAACGCAUUCACCGAUGGUAUCGAGGAUGGCCAGCUGAGUGACGAUGAGGGCGAAGGAGGGCAGGAGGAGAAGGAUAAGAAGAAGAUGAAGAAGUUGACGAAGAAGAAGGAAAAGGAUUCUGGCUCAUCCUCAGACAGUGACGAUGAUAAAAAAGACAAGAAGAAAAAGAAGAAAAAGAAGAAAGAAAAGGACUCCUCCAGCUCCUCCUCUUCUUCAUCGGAUAGCUCCUCCUCAGAGAGUGAAGAUGACAAGAAGAAGAAGAAGAAGAAGAAGUGUAAGAAGGAUUCCAGCUCCUCCUCCUCCUCUUCUUCAUCCUCGGAUAGUGAAGAGGACAAGAAGAAGAAGAAAAAGAAGAAGACAAAGAAGAAGAAGGAUACGGACUCCUCCUCAUCUUCUUCAUCCUCGGAUAGUGAAGAGGACAAGAAGAAGAAGAAGAAGAAGAAGACAAAGAAGAAGAAGGAUGAGGACUCCUCCUCAUCUUCUUCAUCCUCGGAUAGUGAAGAGAACAAGAAGAAGAAAAAGAAGAAGAAGAAGACAAAGAAGAAGAAGGAUGAGCUCUCUCUCUCUCAACAGGACUCCUCCUCAUCUUCUUCAUGCUCGGAUAGUGAAGAGGACAAGAAGAAGAAAAUGAAGAAGAAGAAGACAAAGAAGAAGAAGGAUACGGACUCCUCCUCAUCUUCUUCAUCCUCGGAUAGUGAAGAGAACAAGAAGAAGAAAAAGAAGAAGAAGAAGACAAAGAAGGAUACGGACUCCUCCUCAUCUUCUUCGUCCUCGGAUAGUGAAGAGGACAAGAAGAAGAAAAAGAAGAAGAAGAAGACAAAGAAGAAGAAGGAUACGGACUCCUCCUCAUCUUCUUCAUCCUUGGAUAGUGAAGAGAACAAGAAGAAGAAAAAGAAGAAGAAGAAGACAAAGAAGAAGAAGGAUGAGGACUCCUCCUCAUCUUCUUCGUCCUCGGAUAGUGAAGAGGACAAGAAGAAGAAAAAGAAGAAGAAGAAGACAAAGAAGAAGAAGGAUGAGGACUCCUCCUCAUCUUCUUCGUCCUCGGAUAGUGAAGAGGACAAGAAGAAGAAGAAGAAGAAAAAGAAGAAGACGACGAAGAAGAAGAAGAAGGAUAAGGAUUCCAGCUCUUCCUCUUCUGAAAGUGAAGAUGAAAAGAAGAAGAAGAAGAAGAAGAAGAAGAAGAAGUCCAGCUCUUCUGACGAUGGCUCCUCUUCCUCCUCCUCUUCCUCUGAUAGUGAGGAUGACAAGUGUACGUGUCUACCUUUUUUACUUCAGAAGAAGAAGAAGAAGAAAGACAAGAAAAAGAAGAAGAAGAAGGAAAAGAAGAAGGGUUCUUCUUCUGAAUCGUCCAGCGAUUCUUCGAGCGAUGACGAUAAGAAAAAGAAGAAGAAGGAUAAGAAGAAGAAGAAAAAGAAAGACAAGAAGAAGGACUCGGAUUCUUCUGGCAGUGAUGACAAGAAAAAGAAGAAGCAAAAGAAAGACAAGAAAAAGGACUCAGAAUCUUCUGGCAGUGAUGACAAGAAGAAGAAGAAGGAGGACAAAAAAAAGGACUCGAGGUCCGGUUCAUCCGAUGGUUGCGGUGGCAGUGACAAGGAGAACAAAAAGGACAAGAAGGACAAGAAGAAGGACAAGAAGAAGAGUUCCGGCUCGUCGGGAAGCGAGGCGGAAAAGAAGAAAAAGAGUGUACGUUUUCUAUUAAAUGAAGAAAACCCGGGUGGUCAGCAGAGCCGCGAGCCCAAAGCGGGCGGAGCUUCGGGCUCGGGGGCCGGCGGCGGCGGCGGCGGCGGCGGCUGCUCGAGGCCCGGCGCUGGCACCGGCGUCUCCUACGUGUCGCUCCCCUCCAAACCGGUGGUGAAGCUGGAUCCUCUGAUUCCUUCUGCUGGCUCCAAGCCCUCAGUCCCUGGUCAGUACGCCACGAGUUACUCCGCCCCUAGUUACUCCGCCCCCGGUUUCUCCCCCAUUGGUCACAAUGCCCCUUACUCCGCCCCCGGCUCUAAGCCCUUGGUCCCUGGUCAGACCGCCCCUGGUCAGACUGCCCCUGGUCAGACUGCCCCUGGUCAGACCGCCCCUGGUCAGACCGCCCCUGGUCAGACCGCCCCUGGUCAGUCCGCCCCUGGUCAGUCCGCCCCUGGUCAGUCCGCCCCUGGUUACUCCACCCCUGGUUUCUCCGCCCUUGGCUACUCCGCCCCUGGCUCCACACACAGUAUUGGAGAUAGGCCCCCCCCCAUUCGCAGACCUUCCAGCCCAAUGGAGUCGCUGUUGGGGAGCCCGAGGAGGUACGCAGACGUAGGGACCCGUUCCACCUCCCAUCUCAGCUCCAGUGACCAAUCGAAAGGCGCCAAGCCGUACCAACCGUGAGACGUCGGAGAUCAAAAGAGAUGUUGUGGAUUUGGUUUUUUUAAGCACGGCUUACGCGACGCUGGUGGAUGUCGAUUAUGAUGAUGAGAUCAGCUACGAUGGCCUGGUUUCAUGCAAGACGAAAUACGAUGACACACCUGGCGGAAGGUUACUGCGCAAAGACGCAUCGCGACAUGAUGAACAUGUUCACGGCGAUGCGUCAAAUGAUCCCAUGAAAAAUGAUGAUUGUAGCUUUUUGGUAAUAGAAAGCACACGAGUGGAAUUGUAAAUUCACAAGCACAUGAAAUAAUGACAAUAAAAAUCCCCACGUUGCAGAAUAAAACAUUAUGAUUC